AUGUGGAUGCAUUUCUCUUCAUCCCUGGAGAAGAGCUAUGAGCUGCCCGACGGCCAGGUCAUCACCAUUGGCAACGAGCGUUUCCUCUGCCCCGAGGCCCUCUUCCAGCCCUCCUUCCUGGGAAUGGAAUCCUGCGGCAUCCACGAAACUACCUUUAACUCCAUCAUGAAGUGUGACAUUGACAUCCGUAAGGACCUCUACGCCAACACAGUCCUGUCUGGUGGCACCACCAUGUACCCCGGCAUUGCGGACAGAAUGCACAAGGAGAUCACAGCGCUGGCGCCCAGCACGAUGAAGAUCAAGAUCAUUGCUCCCCCUGAGCGCAAGUACUCCGUGUGGAUCGGCGGCUCCAUCCUGGCCUCGCUGUCCACCUUCCAGCAGAUGUGGACCAGCAAGCAGGAGUACGAUGAGUCCGGCCCCUCCAUCGUCCACCGCAAAUGCUUCUAGGGACUGUUCCUUAGCUGCGUUACACCCUUUCUUGAGAAAAACCUAACUUGCGCAGAAAAAAAAAGAUGAGAUUGGCAAA